CGCCGCCGUUCGCCAUCAUCAGGUCAGCAACCCACUUCCCGAAGAAGCGGCGGACCGCGCGUCGAUGCAGUACGAAUACAAGCCCCACGACGCACGACAGUCGCCUUCCAUGAUGCAGGAUCCCACGUCACACCCGCCUACACACUCGUUCCUUUCGACCAACGCGGCGAUGAAUCGCUCACUCCCGUCAAUCCACCUCCCGCCGUUGUCAAGUUUGCGGCCGUCAACCGGGAACAACGUGCACUCGGCAUCACAACAGCAAUCGUCCCCGCCGGCUUCGUACUACGCAGAUAGCUCGACUCCAGUGGCCCGGACGUCUCCGACAUACGGGUUGCCGCCGCGACCGAUAUACCCAUAUACGGCAUCCCCACCGUCACCUAAAACGUACGAGACCGCGGUGCUCAUGAGCUCGGCACUUCAUCCACAUUCAGCGGUACCGAAUGACCUGGCGGCCGUCGCGAGUUCUCCAUCUUCGUCCCCCGACGAGGACGAAAACGCCAUGUCGAGUGAAGUGAAAAAAGUACGUCGCAGGGAACAGAUUGCGCGAAGCGCGCGGCGCCACCGUUCCAAGCAGAAGGAGGAACUCGGAGCACUGCGGCACCAAGUGCUUGUACUUCAAACGGACCUGGAGCGGCUGCGGGCAACGCACAAGUCGGUGCAUCCGAACGGAAACGACUUUACCGAGUGGGAAGAGAAGGCGCUGGCCCAGCGACGAAAGCGCAAAAAGGCGGAAGACGACAACGAGUUUCUGCGCGCCAAGCUCAAAGAGCAAUCGAUCUGCACGGAGCGAGUGCGGGACAUGUGGAUCAAGUCGCCGUUGCUGACGUUUCCCAUGCCUCCCAACGGCACAUACAACGACAGGUCGCAUACCUUCAAUCGACUGACGGGCGACGCCGCCGCGCGCACCGCCACGCUCAACCAGAUCGCCGAAGUCCGCAUGGACUUGGCCUACGAAUUCGUCAUGCGGGAGACGCAUGCGUUCCCGAGCAUCCCCGGGCACUUGGACAUCAAGUUGAACGGCACUGGGCCAGACAUUGACAUCAAGCUCAUUCGCGUGUGUGAAAUCGACGGGUUUGACCACCACCAAGUCGUCGAGGCCCUCGUGCAUUCGGUGCUCAACAUCCAGAAAGAUGCCGAUUCGGCGAAACUAUUUAUGGUGGACUCGUGCACACGGUAUGGGCGCGCGGCGGUUCCGCUCUACAUCGAGCGGGCCAAGUACUUCAUGGAGUCACUAUUUGUGAUCCGCCAUCAAUCGAGCGCCGAGUUGGGCGUUGUGUCGUGGGACUCCAUCGAUGACGACGACUUGUACCCGCUCGAGGCGGAAACGACGAUUCGAAAUGCCGAAGUUGGCAGUGUUCUCCUCAACACGAAUUUUCGACCCGACGGGUCCAAGUACACGAUCCUCCGCAGCGUGUUUCACUCGCACCCACCCGUCCGCAACCUGGCCAAACCCAAGAGCAAAAUCAACGAGGCGUUCUUGAUGCUCUUUUGCCGGCGCGCCGAAGCGUUGGAAAAACAAAUGCGACAAAAACUGUCGGCGCACCUCUACUAAAUUUGCGUGACCUCAUUCAUGGAGUAUCGAUGGAUGGGGACACUUGCUUGAAAAGUGGAAAUCCUGUCGGGGCAUUUCCGUUGUGCCUGGUGCAUUGCUAUCCCACUCGCGCCUCGUGGAGUUCAGCCAAACCUACCACUACCCGAAGGGAGGACGGCGUUGUAGACAACUAGCGAUGUAUUCAUCCAUCAUGUGAUCGUGCCAGGUGUUGUUCACUUCACCGGGUGUGUGAAUUGGAGCAUGCAGAUUGGGCGUACGGAGUCUGCCCCUUUC